AUGGCAAAGUCUGUCUUUGCUUUCCAUAAUGACUCCCUUCAAUUCGAAGCUAGCAACAGUUAUUCUGGAUAUUUAGUGGUACCGAUUAGGAGCGAAACCAGCCCAAUUGAGGAUCGAUGGGAAGGAGAUAUUGACUACGACUUUCUCAGCAGAAUCGCAAGUUAUAACAAAACUUUUAUCCCAAUCGAUCUUGGGAAUUUAGAUAUACUAAAUGAUGCGAUUAUAACUCGAAAUUACGGAAAUAAUCCAAGUUACUACGAAGUAGCUCAAAUUUGUAGACAUCGUACACCUGUUGAUAACUUGUGGGGAGAAUCUAACCUGAAUUUCAUAACAUAUUAUCAAGAAAAAUAUGGUAUCAUGAUCAAAAAUACAACACAACCUUUACUUCGGCCUAAAUAUUUAUCUAAAAAGCGUAACAUGUUACGGUCUAAUUCAGGGCAAAAGUCUCAAUUUUCUGUAAAAUCUUGCAAUAAGAGUCAAACGCAAUCUGUGGCAGAUACUAUAACUCAUCAUUCGAAGGGCAAAUCGAAGGUUAUCGAAUUGAUUCCAGAACUUUGUAAAAGGUCUAUUUUUCCGGCUUCAGUUUGGAAAAGCUUAGCUUGUAUUCGAUCUAUUUUAUGGCGUAUGGAAAGUAUGCUUUCGGUAAAGGAAUUUGAGAAUAAAAUGCAAGAGUCGUGGAUAGUCGGUUCGUCACGAAACGAAAGACAGUUACAAAACAAUUCCCUAACCAUGACUAUAUUGAAGGCAUUAACAUUAGCCAGGGCAAAUGAUGAUUUUAACCUAGAAACAUUGGAAUUCCUGGGUGACUCUUACUUAAAAUAUGCAGUCUCCAUCUCCUUCUUCCUGUCCUAUUCUAAAUUUCACGAAGGCCAACUCAGCUCACUUAAAUCGAAAAUUGUCAGUAACGAAAAUUUAUAUCAAAUUGGUAUAAAAAUGGGUUUACCAGGUUAUAUUAUAGGCCAUAAUGUGGAUCAAAACGAUAUAUGGGUUCCUCCGGGAUUUUCCAUUGCCAAAAAAAGCGAUAGCAUUGGACUGGAGGAGCAACUAUCAACUCUCAAUCUUAGUAUGACCUCCCGAGUGCAUCCAACCCAGAAAUUAAAAAAUAAAUGCAUCGCCGAUGUUAUGGAAGCUUUAUUAGGUGGAAUUCUUUUAGAACUUGGAGAGAAUUCUGCCAAUAACUUUAUCACGAAUAAUUUGGGUAUCAAAGUUGGCAGGCUAUCUCAUAAUAUUGCGAAACUCGAUGAUGAUGCAAGAAAGGAAAUCAGCAAAAUCUAUAACGCACAUAACCUAAAAGAUUUAGAAGCAGUACUUGGAUAUAGUUUCAAAGAUCGAAAACUAUUAAUUAGUGCUCUAACUCAUGCAACUUACAACCAUAAUCGAAUAGCUGAAGGUGUUGAAUGCUAUCAAAGGUUGGAAUUUUUAGGCGAUGCAAUUUUACAGUAUAUUGUAGUGCGACAUUGCUAUCAUGCGAAUAACAACUACAAGCCUGCAGAUCUACACGAUUUUGUAGAGGCAUCAUUACAGAAUGAAAGUCUUGCAGUUAUGACUAUGGUUUAUGGCAUUCAUAAAUAUUUCUUUUACAAUUCACCAUCCUUAUUUAGCCAAAUUAAUCAACUUCUACAGAUCGUCGAUACGAAUGAAGAGUGUGAACAAAGAUUAUCUACAGAAGAGAAAGCUUUGGUCUAUUCCAACAGUUUAAAAGACGGCGUAAUGAUUCCUAAACCAUUAGGAGACCUGUUUGAAUCUUUAAUUGGAGCUAUUUUUAUUGAUUGUGGGCGAUCUAUAGAGGUAGUCAAUGACCUAGUGCUGAGACUUCUUCAACCGCAACAUGCUAUAUUUGCACAGGGUGUUCCAAAAUCUCCAAUUCGAAUACUCCAUGAGAAAUUUCCAUCUGGCCUGCUUUUUAAGAAAGAGAAAACUGAGGAUAAUUCCUUGAGAAAGUUAUCAUUGCAAGUGCCAGACGGGAGUUACUUUACCGCAACCGGUAUAAAUUACAAGCAUUGCAAGAAAGUAUUAUGUAUGAUGGCAUUGAGAUGUUAUGAUGAAAACAGCAAUUAG